AUGGUUGACAACACCAAAUCUUACACGAUCGGCCCACUGGAGCACACACCCCUCGAUGAGAUCAAUGCCAAGGUUGAUCUCGUGAGGAAGACAUUCAUGUCAGGCCGCACCAAAGAUAUUGAAUUUCGCAUGCGCCAGAUCCGAAAGCUUUACUGGGCCAUCGUCGACAACACUGAGCUCAUGCAAGAUGCUCUCCUCAAGGACCUUGGCAAAUGCAAGUACGAGGCCGUUCUGGCCGAGAUCGAUUGGUGCAAGCAAGAAUGCAUUGAUAUGACCAACAACAUGGAGAAGUGGCUGCGCGAUGAGCCUGUUCCCAAUGUUCCCCUUCAGUUUCGUCUCAUGAAGCAUCGCACCCGCUUCGAGCCGCUCGGUGUCAUUCUCAACAUUGGCGCCUUCAACUUCCCCUUCCAGCUCACUCUUCCUGUUGUUGUUGGAGCUAUUGCUUGUGGUAACUGUGUUGUUCUCAAGCCAUCCGAGUCUUCUCCAAACAGUGCCAUGGUGCUCAAGAAGAUCUUUGAUGAAUCUCUUGACCCCGAGUGCUUCACCUACGUUAAUGGUGCUCUCCCAGAGACCCAGCGUUUGCUUGAACAAAAGUUCGACAAAAUUUGCUUUACAGGCGGCAAGGUCGUCGGCAAGAUCAUUGCCAAAAAGGCGGCUGAGACCUUGACACCUGUGCUUCUCGAGCUUGGUGGCCAGAACCCAUCCUUUGUCACCAAGAACGCCAACCUCAAGUUGGCUGCUCGGCGACUUCUCUGGCAAAAGACUCUGAAUGCAGGCCAAGUUUGCAUGUCUCAUAACUACAUCCUCGUCGAGAGAAGUGUCCUUUCUCCAUUCCUUGGAGAACUUAACAAUCAACUGCGAACCUUUUUCCCCAAGGGUGCCAAGAACAGUACCGAUCUCGCGCAUAUCGUCAGUGCUAGUCACUUCAACCGUCUCAAGAAGAUGCUGGACGGAACUAAGGGCAAGAUUGUUCUUGGAGGAUCUAUGGACGAGUCUACCCUGUUCAUGGAGCCAACGGCGGUUCUUGUUGAUGAUGUUGAGGAUAGCAUGAUGGUUGACGAGGCAUUUGGCCCCAUCUUUGCAAUCAUGGCAGUCGAUUCUCUAGACCAGGCUAUCAACAUCGCCAACUCGGUUGACCCAACACCUCUCUCACUCAGCACCUUUGGAAGCAAGGAUGAAAACAAGAAGGUUCUGGACAAUGUCACUUCAGGUGGCGCUACAUGCAACGACGCCUUCUUUCACUCCCAGAUUCCCCAGUCUCCGCUGGGAGGUGUAGGCCAGUCCGGAAUGGGCAACUAUCACGGCAUCUACUCCAUCAGGACCUUCAGCCACCAGCGCACUAUCGCCGAGGUCCCUUACUGGGCUGAUGCCCUGUUCCGUGUCCGUUACAUGCCGUAUCAGUGGCCCAACAUGAAUCGUCUCAAGAUUGCGCAACCAAAGCCCAACUUUGACCGAGACGGCAACAAAACCAAGGGACUCGGGUAUUUCGUCGCCCUGGUUUUCGGUCUUGGGUCCAGGAAGGCUAAGGGCGCUCUUCUCAGGUGGGCAUUCCUUGUGGUUGCAGCUGCUGUGCUGGAAGCGAAGAAAGGUACUCUGAGCCAGCUGCUCACACGAUAA